CACGAUGCUCUCAGUUCUGUGACCGCCAAUGAAAUGAAAAGUUUACUCUGAGAAUUUUCCUCCUAAACAAAACGUUUCCAGUGUUCCGUCCGUCAUGCCCUUUGCUGGAUUAAGUCGUAAACCUCUCGCAACAGUCUAUCGUAGACAAUUGCAGAGUUACCGUUAUUUCGCCUCGUCCUCUUCUGGAAACGAAAUCAGCGGAAAUAGUCCGUUGCUAUGGAUAGGAUGCAUUGCUCUCGGAGGUGCCGUAAGCUAUUAUCUGAAAGCUCAAAAGGCGAAGAAGGAAGCGGAACAUCAGCGUGAAGGAUUGGCAGAUGUUGAUGAGACGGCUGACGCGAAGACAUCGGUACAGGACGCGGAGACAGCAAAAUAAAGACCAUAUAUGGACUAGAAGUUCGAACCUCGCGUUCUGAAACUCGUACAAAGUUGAACGGGACACUGCGUUCGGUUAUCCUUGCCGAUAAUGCUCAACAUAUAUCUUGGAGGCAUUCUCGUUUGCCCCACAUAGAACGUGCAUGAAUAAAUUAGAACAAAACCAGCAUCUGCACACAUUUUUCAUUCUUCAAUUACCGGUUUUCCCCGGUAGUUUUUGUUUAUCACAUUGUAUUUCCUUCAAGAUCUCAGGACCAGCAAUAGUCUGUGUUCUCUUAACGAAACGUUUUCAAGCAUGAUAACGUCAUAAGCGUAACCUUCCCUUUCUGUACCCCAUGCUGUCACCGAUAGUUAGAAGAUCCAAAGUAUAAAUAUCCACGUAGACCAAAAGAAUAAAGAUGAUUUUAUCCUCCC